UGUAUUGCAUGCGUGUAGAUUUUACUGUAUAUUUCUAGAAAUUAUCACUAAAAUCCUUUAAAAAUGGCGAAAAAGCGUAAACUUGAAGUAGAGAAUAAUGCACAGAAAUCCUGUCCAGUGGAGGUAAUUGCAGAGGACGUGACUACUCAUCCACUUUGCUUGCAUGGACCUACACUCUUAUUUUCGAGUGAAAAGGGCCGGUAUUUCGCCUGUUCUUUGUGUAGAAACAAGAAGGAUUGCCCUGUACAUAUUUAUGAAGAAGACUGGAAGAAGGAAGGCGUCAGGAAAAGAAAUGAAAAGUACUAUAAACUGAUUCCUAAUAUUGAUAAGGCAACAGCAUGGAAAAACUUUAAUGAGGUGAAAUCCCGUCACUACACAGACAGAGCAUACUGCAACACAUGCAAAGAGCUGUAUGUAUAUUCUCAAAGCAGAAAACAUCUUAAAGACCACAGAGUUAUAACUCCUCUGACUGACGAACAACUCGCAAAACCAUCAUCGUGGCUGCCCACCCUGGAAGAUGAUGCUAAGGAGGCUCAGUACAUGUUUACUAAGAAAUCGGUCAGCACAGUGUUAGGGAUAUUGAGGAACAAUAACAUCAAAAAUAUAAUUUGUGUCGGGACUCCAUCCAUCCACGAAGCAGCACAGGCUCAUCCAGAGUUCAACUCCAUCCUGCUGGACUAUGACACUCGUCACCACCAGUUCAAUCCUCCAAAUAAAUUCCUCUGGUACAACAUGUUCAACGACUAUCUUUUUAACGGUAACAAUGAUGAGAAGGUACUGAAGAAGUUCUUCAAGAGCUCAAAAGAAGGAGGCAUCUGUGUGGUAAUGGACCCUCCGUUCGGUGGUCGCGUCGAACCUCUGAUACAGACUCUCAGGGAUCUCUCCAGUAUAUACAGGAAGACUUUCGACAAACCGGAGAAUGAGAUCAUUCCUGUCAUCUGGGCCUUCCCUUACUUUUCUGAGCCUUACAUUAAAAACUUGAUGCCGGAAAUCAAGAUGCAUGAUUAUCAGGUUGAAUAUGAAAACCACAAGAAAUUCCAAAACGGCAAAAAGGGACGCAAGAACGGCUCGCCAGUGCGAUUUUUCACCAACCUACCACUAGCCACUAUUGACCUAUCAAAUGACAGCAACUACAAACUGUGCGAGAAAUGCAAGUUCUGGGUAUCAUCGAGUAACAACCAUUGCAAUAAAUGCAAAGAGUGCACGAGCAAGAAUGGAAUGACAUAUAAACACUGUAACGCGUGCAAGAGAUGUGUUAAGCCGACAUUCUUCCACUGUCCAGAUUGCAAACGCUGUGUGCAGGAGAAAGGACACGUUUGUGGUGUAACCGUGGAAUCACAGUCCUGCUACAACUGCAUGGAGAAAGGUCAUAAGAAGUCGGAAUGCCCGCAACUGAAGAACGAAGGAGCGGCCAAGAAGAAGAAACGAAAAAAUGCAUAGACAAAGUUUAUUCUUAAAUAAAUCACUAUCAAAU